UGCGCAUGCGUGACGCGUCUAGGCAUUUAAUCUGACAGAUUUGCUCCGUGAUGAGCGCUGCCUAACUUGGCUCUUUCGGGCCUGUUAGCCUUGCUGAACUAAGUUAUAUUGUGAAUAUUUCGGCAAUAAAGAAUGUCUCUUAACCGGUGCUUUCUAAAGAUUGUAUUAUUAGUUGUUCGUAUGCCGUAAGCAAUCUGUGAUAAAAGUGCAAUCUUUCCAGGGUAGCAACUCGUCGUUGAAUUCCUUUCCGAGCUGAUAUCCAAAGAUCUUGUAUGACAUUGUCUUGCCUUCAAUGAAGCUAAUGCUCAUUAACUCAUUUGAAAGUAUCAUUUCAUGGAAUUCACUGCCUUUCAUGUGAGCGCAAUCUCCUUAUCUCACUAUUUAUGAUCUACAUACCAGUAUAACCUUACAACCUGACAAGAUCUCAUACCAUUCAUUGUUGUCUGAUACGUACUCAACCAUUUGUUAACUUGAAACUGUGUGCCACUUAGUCAUUUUGUUGCCAGUUGUUAUAAAUGUGCUAUUAUUGUCAUUGUUAAAGGUUGUUUCCUGUAAGCCAAUGAGAACAAUAUCAAACUUCAAGCCAAAUCAAACAGAACAAGAAACAACAAUCCAUCAGAAAGCCAGUAUCAUCACAAGCUACUGCUUCUGCUGUCGAAGCCAAAGUUCAAAUUAUCCAAAAAUUAGAGGAUGUCAAAAAGUUAUAGCCAGUGUUAAUUCAGGAAUACAUGAGGGAAGUCUAGGGUUGUGAUUUAAACGUUCCAAAGUUCUUUAAAACCACUACAGUGUUCAUCUGUUGGUGUUUUCAUGCUCUUUCACAAGGGAAUGAUAGUGACAUUCUAGUGUGGAAAACUUAGUCUGUGAUAUUUUUUGACGCUCAAACUUGAGUCCAACAAAGCAAGUGCCAUGUCGACUCAAGGUGCUUCCAGUCUGUGGGGUGGUUCAUCCUCUACCCUAAGUGGACUAGACUCAAACUGGGGUAUAGGGACCCCAUUUUCCUCAGGUGCCAAUAAUAUGAAUCUUUUAGGAUAUGGAGGCAAUAGUAGUCUUUCGAAUAACCAAGGACAUAUGCAAUCUGGUGCAAGUACUCUCGGUGAUUCUAAUCAAGCAAUUGGAAGUUAUAAAGGAGGUUGGGGUGCACCAGGAACACUACCCCCUUCUCAGUCUACAAAUAAACCUGCAAGUUCAAUUGGAAAUAUGCAAGGAUCAUUGCCAGUAAGUGGUGCUCAACCAAAUGGACCUCAGUCAAGUCAGCCGAGCGGUUCGUUCACCACAUCUCAGUCACCAGGGCCUAACAUACCAUCCUCACAGGGUAACAGUGCAUUUGGGAAUGUGGGCUUUCAGAAAAUUCCCACCGGAAAUGCUUCAUCUGGUCUCGCUAUUAAUCCAGCCACAAGUAUUAUGAACAGUGCUAGUAAUGGAAGCAGUGCUCAAAGUUCUGACAAUCUUGGAUCAAGUGGGUGGGGUGUACCAAGUACAACACAAGAUUCCAGGUUAUCGGGAACAAGUAGUUGGGGAAAUCCAACUGGUGCUGAUUGGGAUCAACCAUCCAAUGCUUCUGUGUCUCAGAGCCAGUCUCAACUCCCUCCUACAACUGGCUCACAGUUCCAGAGCUCUGCCCCAGGUGCACCAGCUGGGCAGGACCAGCAACGUCCAAGCUCUUGGGCUCAAGCUGCUGGCAAGGGUUUAAAUCUGCAGGCAAAUAACCCAAACCCGCAGAGCAAUAUGUCUCAAGAAGAAGUGCAACGACAAGCAUUGAUUAGAACAGCUAUAGAAAGUCAUGAUGGAUGGGGUAAAAAACCCAUAAGACAAGAUACUGAGUGGAGCAUUGAAACCUCACCAAAGGUUCAACGCAAAAUAUCCACUGCUUCAGUGGUGCCUGAUCAACAAAAGGGAACAAACAAUAUGUGGAAUAACAAUAAUGGCACAGCAAUAUGGGAGGCAAACAAAGACAACAUGUCAGCUUGGGGUGGAAACCAAUCGGUGCAGGCUCGGGCACCAGGUCAGCCACCAAGCAACUGGCCAGGAACACAACAAAAACCACCAGAUCCUGCUGGAGGAGCACAGUGGGGGGUUGGUGGACAAGGGCAGGCCCCAGGACCAGAUAAGGGCAUGGGUCCAUGGGGAGCCCCUGGAAAUCAAUCAAACACUAAUUGGGGUGGAAGUACUGAGACUGGUUCCUGGGUUGGAAAUUUCGGCAGUUCAACCCCAGGAGCUAGUGGAGGAAUAUCAACCUGGGGUGAUGCUGAUGGUACCUCAAGUUGGGGUGAAGGUAGAAAUUCUGGUGGCAAUGAUGGCACCUCAUAUUGGGGUGAUCCAUCAAUGAAACCACCUGUUCAGCAGCCAAACUGGAAUGCCCCAGGCAGCGGGCAACAGGCAAUAGGGCAGAAUCGAAAAAUGGGAUCUGGUUGGGGUGAUCCAAUGGGACCUCCAGAUCCAAAAAUAGAUGAUGGCACUGGUUUGUGGAAUAGCAAUCCUCAGCCACAGAUGCCAGGUCGUCCAGCAGGGUGGGGAGGAGAUGCUGGAAAUCCACAGUGGAACCCAGGGGCCAUUGGAAAGCCUAAUCCAAAAAUGGUCGGCCAGAACCCAGCUCAAUAUGGAGGAGUGGAUGAACUCAACUGGAAUCUACCAAAGGAAGAUGUUUGGAGUGAGGAAAGCAUGGGAGGCUGGGAUGAUGCCGAUAUGGGCACAUGGAAUGAUACUGCCCAACAAACAAAUUCCUCCUGGAACAGUGCUACUGGGUGGAAUAGAGAAAAAAGAAAUAGUAUUAAGGAUGGUGCCAUUAAAUUCCCGGGCACAACUGGUGGAAACCACCCACCACAGAUGAGGAGCCGACUUCUACAACAGCUCAUGGACAUGGGCUUCAAGAAAGAUGAAGCUCAGCAUGCCCUGAUCACGAAUAACAUGAAUAUACAGAAUGCCAUAUCCGAUCUGUACAAUCGUCGUGGUGCUAUAACCAGUAAGAAAGACGAGUUGGAGAUGGCACGAAUGUCCGGUCUACUUCCAGACGGUAGUGCCUCGGACGACAUAUCAGAUACUCAAUCAGACAGCAAUUCAUUUGUGCCUAAUAUGAAUCCCAUGCAAAAUACUCCAUAUACGAAUGCUCAAUCGAAGAUGCCGAGUCAAUAUCCUUUCAACAACGGACCUAGUCUCAAUCAGUCUAGUCUUGGUUCAAAUAACCCCAGUAUUAACAAUGCUUUACAGCAAAAGAUCAUGCAGAAGUUCCAAAGUCAGCAGCCACCCCCACCGUCACCAUCGAUGAAUUCCAUUAAUCAAGCUCAGGGUCCCAUGGGGCGUGGCCAGCUGCCUGCAGGACAACAGAAUCCCGCCGUCCACCAACAAAUGGCCCAGCAGCAGAUACUCCAGCAGUUGAGAAUGGCAGUACAAGCCGGUCUUAUUAGUCCCCAGUUGUUGAAUCAGCAGUUACCUGCCCCAGUCCUAGUCAUGUUACAGCAGUUACUUCAGCAGCAACAGAAUCUUCAGCAACUUAUCACUACACAACAGAUGCUGCAACAGCCAAAGGUGAACAUGAAUCCACAUGUGCAGCGACAGCAAAUGGAAUCUGUGGCCAGCAGAAUUAACCAGAUCAAACAGCAGAUAUUAAUGCUUCAAAAGAACAUCUCUCAAGCGCAACUGCUGAACAAAACCCAGUCUCAACAGCAACCUCCACACCAACAACAACAACAUCAACAGCCUCCAAUGGAAGGUUCUGAAUCUGCUCUUCAAAAUGAGUUGAACAACUUAAGCAUAUCGUCCACACAGCCUCAGUCCAGGCUCAACCAGUGGAAGCGUCCCACCCCAGACAAAGAAUCUCCCGAGAUUACUCCAGCCACCAGCAACGAGACACCAACAUCUAGUUCAACACCCAUCACUAGCAGCAACUCCGAGGGUGGGGAGUCGCUUAAUAAAACUGUGGGAUCAAAAUCUGUCCAGCAAUCAAACUCACAACCAAACCUUAGAAGAUUUGAUGAACUUGGACUUACACAAUUAGGAGGAGACACUACAUGGUCAACAAGUGCAAGUUCAGCAUCUCAGAACUGGCCAAAUUCCAGUUCUCCAGUCACAUCUGGCAGCUCUGGUGAUGGGGGACAGCCAGAUAAUAAAGAAUCUCAGACCACUACAGUAUCAAGCUCUUCUGGGAACAGUUCAGUGCUCGAUUCCAUGACUUCCAUUCCAGAAUUUGUCCCCGGUAAACCAUGGCAAGGAAUUCCUAAAAAUGUGGAAGAUGACCCACACAUCACACCAGGAAGCUUUUCUCGCUCACUGAGUGUCAACACAAUAAAAGACGAUUACCUUCUCACACUCACCAAAUCAAGUCCAACCAACGAUAGUAACUCUUCAUGGCCAUCAAAACCACCAGGUGGUAACACUACACAGAGCAUGAACAAACCAUGGAGUGCUGGCGAAAGUCUGACCCCAACCAGCUUCACAUCAGAUGUUUGGGGGGUUCCAAAGGGAGCUAUGUCAAGGCCACCACCUGGUCUCCCUCAGCAGAACAAGGGAGGAUGGACUGGUAUGAAUAGACAGCAGUCUUGGGCUGGCACCUCUUCCAGAUCAGAUGGUGGAAGCAACUGGGGUAAUUCAUCGAUAUCCACUGCAUUGCUGCUGAAAAAUCUUACACCUCAGAUCGAUGGGUCAACUCUGAGGACCCUGUGUAUGCAGCAUGGUCCCCUACAGUAUUUCUACUUGAAUCUGGCACAUGGUCAAGCUCUUGUUAAGUACAGGAGCACUGAAGAAGCGAUAAAGGCUCAAAAAUCCCUUAACACGUGUCUGCUAGGUAACACAACGAUUGUUGCCGAGUUUGUCUCUGAGGUGGAGGCACUACGUUUUGUAGAGCAACAAAGUGCCAUGUCUUCUGGCCCUAGUCAGUGGUCCCAGAUGGGACAGCCACGUCAGUCUACUGCCAUCGGCAACCAGCGUCAAGAUACUAGUAUGAGCUGGGGUAUGGCCCCUCCCACCUCUAUGUCUGGUACAGGAAUGUGGGGAAACAGUAGCGUGGGCAGCAGUGGAACAUUGUGGGAUAACAUUGAGGAUAACUCCACACACAACCUACUGGGCAAUAUGUUAGGUGAUAAUAUGUAACUUAUUGUUUUGUUGUUUGUAUUAGAUGCUUUGUUUCAUGUUAAUGACUAUUUAAAAAUAACUAUAUCAUAGUGUUGUAAUUUGUUUCCUUAAUGCAUAUUAUUGAUCUCUUGUAUGCGGGUUAGUUAUGUUUGACAGUUGUGGGAUCACUUGCUCUAAUUGUGUUCUCUUUACUGGUGGCCAUGGCAACAGACACAUAUCACAUGAUGCAAAUAUGUUGGUGCUUGUUGCUUCGAAGAAGUACAGCACAUAUUUUUAUUUUUAUACUUCGGAGGAAGUAUUGAUGUCUUUCAGAUUUUUUCCAUUCGUCUUGUCAGAUAUGAUGUCUGCUAAGCCACGCCGUAAACCAGUCCCCCCGACCUUAGAUGGUUUUCAAGUCAUUAUUUGAAUUUCUGAGAUAUCAUUGUGCAACCUCAAAUGAAUAGACAAUAUAUCAUGAUAAAAUUAUGAUUGUUCUUUUAUGAAAUAUUUAUAUCAUGUUCAUGACGACAAAAAAAAAUUAAAAAACCCCAAAAAAAUCACAUCACAAAAAAAAUCAUAAAAAAUAUAAAAGAGAUAUAUAUGUCAUUUUUAUUGCUAUAUUAUUUGUAUAUGUACAAGAAAAAGUGCAAAUUUUAUUAUCAACUUGUAUAAUUCCUAAUUGUUUGUAUUAUUUGUAAAAUAUUUGUUUAUUUUUCACUGUGUGGAAUUGUUGCUUGUUGGAUGGACAAGCGAACUUCCUGUGAUAAUUUAAGGCCAUAUUGCUUAUCUUAAACUGUAAAAUUUUACGUGCUACAUAUUGACACAUUCUUCGUAUCUCUGUAUGAAUUUUUAAGGAGAUGACUGUUCAAGGGACUGUGUACUACCCCUUUACUUUGAAAGGGGUUGUGCAGUUUUCUUCAAAGUCAACUUUCCAAGAAUCUUGGUAAACGUAUUGAUAAUGGAGGUAACAUUUUACGCCAUAUCUUUAUAUACUACUCUUUAUUUAUAACAUGUACUUGUUGCCGUAACUUUCAUACAAUUAUUAUUUUUUUCAUGUUCUUAAGCUAGUUUCUAUUUUUUGGUGACUAAUCAUGUAUUUCUACUUGCUUGUCCCAUUUCGAAUCGAUACGGAGAUUCAAUCCUGUGCAAUAUGGCUAUUGGGAAAUCUGUUCUCUGUUAAAUGAUUCGUUCGUAACAGUUGAAAAGAGUGAUCAUGUUUAUUGAAAAGUUUUUGAAAUACAAAUUGUAAACGCACAAAAAAAACUCGAAAAAAUACAGAAAAUGUUUACAAUUUGUAUUUCAUUAACAAGCUCUGCUUAAUACUAGAUUCAGCAAUAGAAAAAAAAAUCAUAAAAAAAAUGUCUGUAGAAAAAACGUUGCUGUUCUUGUAUUAAGCAGUAUGUGUUAGUGAUAUUUUAUCAACAUUCUCAUCUUUAUAAAUAGAUCUUGUUGUCCAAAAUGUUCUGGAUGAAACUGGAACCCAAAAAAAAUCUGUGAAAAAAAAACUUAAAAAAAAAAUCCAGUUGUGUCCAGAACUUUUUAAUAUUCAUAAAUUUUAUUUAGAGAGUUAAAAACAAGUAUUUUUUGUUUCAUGCUGAGAGUGAUUCAGUGAACAUAAUCAUAAUUGAUGGUGAAUUGAUUAACUGUUAUUGCAUGAAAUGUUUUAUAUGUGAAAUUGUAUUUUAACACCAGUUGAAAUUAUCCAAAGAUAAUUGGAAAACAAAGUAAUUCCCACAAUUUUUUUUUUUUUUUGGCCUGGUACAAAAAUGUUCAGGCUUUUUGUAUUUGAUGACUGUAUUUUUUUAAAUGUAUUUUGCUCAGGCUUUAACGAGGCACUAGUCUGUACUUGAUAGUUGUGUUUGUGUUAAUCAUUUGUCUUUCCAUGUGAUUGGUAUGGUACUAUAACCCUGUUCAGUGCUAUUUUUAGAGAUGAAAAAAAAACGGAUAUGAGGGCCACCAGUUAGUUAGUUCCAAAUAAAACAAACAGUACUUUUGUUACAUUAAGUACUGCUCACUUUAUAUAUUUGCUAAACUAUUACAUUGAUUAAAAAAAAUAAUAAAUGUUUUGCUCCAUUUAAUUAUUAUUAUAUUAUAAUUAUGUCUCAUACUUUUUAUGUUAAAUGUACACUUGAAAUUUUUCUUUGUUUAUUAUGUUGACUUUUCCAUUAUUUUUUUUCUUUCUUUUGUUUUUCCUUAUUUUUUUUUCCAAGUCAAAUGUUAUUGUGUUAGUUAUUAUUGCUCUUACAACUGCUGUGUGUAUUAUUAUAUUGUCACCUACCUAGAAAAAAAGUAUCAAAUACAAAGCCGGCCAUGUUAUUGUUACAAAAACUACUUAUUUCAUGACUAAUUUACUAGUGCAUUGUGGCACAAGACUGUUUGUAAAUGGCGAUACAAUUCCAUAUUGUAUAUGUAGAAGAUAUGGCAUUAUAUCAAAACUUUAGCUGUAUGAAUUUGUGUUCAAUUUAUUAAGGUGUAUGGGGAGAAGGAAAAGAAGCCUUGUAAUGGAGGUUUAUUUUUCCUUUGUAUAUAGUAACUUAAGUAUUGAAUUAAUGAUAAACCAAUUAAGCUGUGUUUUAUAUCGACAUUGUUUUAUAUUAAUACACAAAAAGUACAUUUACUGGUCAAUAAAAAAAAAUCCGGUUUUCAAAAUCCCCUAUUUAGCCUAGGUUAAUCAAGAUAUUUGGAUCAAAUAUGUUACUUUUAAUACGGACAGGAGAUUUUUUAAUGAGAAUUUUUAGUUGUAAUUUGUGAUAAAAAAAAUUGUUUAAAAACUAUAUAUAUAAUUUUUUUUUUGAAAACAUACAGAUAAUUUACAGAAGAAGGGCAUCUAUAUUUAUGUAGAUCUUAAAACAUAAUGACUUAUCGACAUAAUCAUAGCUACUUGUAUUAAUUGAGUUGUCAUGUGAAAUAUUUUAUGUGAUAUGUAGAUAGUGAUGUAUACUGUUGUCUUUAAAAAAACUGGUGAUGAUUUAUUAUACAUGUACGAGAAGGGUGCAAUUUUAUUGCUUAUCUGGUUUUGAUAUGUUUUAAAAUCGGCUGAAAUUCAAUUUAAAAUUACUUUUUUCUUAGAUUUAAAAGUUUGUGUUUUUUUUAUCAUUAAGGAUCUUGUCUCCCUGAAUUAACCGUCUUACUGACCAGAUAAAAAUUUUACUCCGCAAGUUAAUCAUAUUUUAUAUUUUUAAUAUUUUCAUGCCUUUUUCAUAGGCUUUAAGCUUUAUCUUAAUACGAAACUGUCCAUUGACAAUGCAUAAGUAUAAAAUUGCAUCCGAUUUCAAAGUUAUUUAAUUAAUUGACAAUGAUUUUAAACACAUAAUGCUUGGAUAUUUAUUAGUGGUGCAAAAAAUUUUCUUGUUUUAUAUUUAAGAUAUAAAUGCAUUUGUAGUGGAGUACACAAUUUAAUUUUUUUUUUCAUUUCAUUUUCUUAAAGUGCCAUUGUUUCCUGCUUUCAACGAAAUGUAAUUUUGCAAUGAAGCAUAAUGGUCAUAAAAAAUGUUCAGGAUUAAUAAAAAAAAAAAAGAUCAUAAGCUUUAUUCUAAACGGAAGGUAAUGUUUCUAAAUCCAGAAUAGAAAGUUUAUUUUAAAAAGUAAAAUUAUUAGAUUUGAUAGAAACAAGGGAAGUAACUAUACAAUGAUUAGUCUAUUAAAAUUUUGAAAAACAGUUCAAAGAAAAAAUAGUCAGUUGUGGUAAUAAUGCUUCAUUGUUUCAUUACAUUGAUUUUUAUCUGUAGAAAGAAAGACAGCAUUUGUGGUUUUUUAAAUAAAGACAAAAAAGAUUGCAUAAAAAGAUAUAAAGUAUAGCUUCUUAAAGUUGUUCAAUAUGGAUUUUGUUAUGACAAUAUUUUAAUGAUAACAGGGUCAGAGUAAAGGUUUUUUUGUAAAGCUGCCAGAAUACUCAGUUUCAGGUAUUAGUAUUACUGCAUUAGUCAAAAAAUUUGCAUAAUUGCACUGAGAACACCAGACCUUUACAUAGGCUUAGUUUUUAAGUUAUAAUAUGUUUUUGUCGUAUGUUAAGUAUUACCAAUGUGUUUUAUUUUCUAUGUUAUCAAAUUCACCGUAUUUCACUGUACAAGUGCUAAUAAUAAACAUGUAUUCAGGCUCUAUAGAGAUUCUUGAUAUGCCAGAUAUUUUUAUGUGCUGAUAUUUAUACAAAAUUUCCAUAGUUUUUUUCUUUCUUUUUGUCUUUGUCAUCGAAAAAGUGUGAAAUACUGAAAAAUAGCAAAUUUUUAUUGUUUUUGGGUUCAAAAUGAAAAAAAAAAGACCUCUAUUUUUUUUGAUAUCUGAAUUGGAAUUCAAGCAAGCCUAAUGCCAAAACUCGAUGAAAACCUCAAAAGAUCUGAUAUAUUUGAUAUAACAGCUGUUUUAUAUGGUUAAAAAGGAAUAUUUUAUAUAAAAUCUUAAAUUAAAUGAGAACCUAAUUGUGAAUGCUAGUCUCUAUGUAUUUUUCAGUUAUAUGUGCUAUUAUUAUUGAUAAAAGGAUAUGUAUUUGCUCAUGUAUCAUUGAGCAAUUUAAGCUAUACAUCAAAAAACACGGGCCUUAAAUUGUACACAAACCUUUUAACCAUAUGUUGCUCUGUUUCUUUUAGAGCCAUACAAACAUGUACAUCAAAAAAACAACAAAAACAUAGGCCUUAAGUUAUAUACACAAAUUACUUAAACCAGAGAUUUCAUCAGUUAUUGACAUGACCACAUUGUUAUAUUUAUGCCAUAAGAUUUUUUUUAUCAUGAUUUUUUCUCUUUUUUAUCACCACCAUCUAGCCAAAGCUGAAUAAUCAUGCUAUUUAUAAUUCCAUUUUUUUUUUGUAAUAUUAUGUAAAUGAUACUAUGUGAUAUUUGUUGUAUACUGAUUAUCAAAUUUUUGGUGCUUAGAAAUUGUGUGAAAUUUCUGGCAUGAUUCAUGCAAUAUAGUAAGAUACCAGACUUGUUAUUAUUAUAGUAUGAUAUUAUAGUUAAAACAAAAAUGUCAAUAUCAACAGAAUCUCUGUAUUACCAAAUCUCUAGAUGACAAUGUUUUUAAAGUCCUUUUUCACUGGAAACACGAAAAAUUUACAGCUAAAUUAAAAAAAAAAAUAAGAAAAAUUGUUUGCAACUAGUUUCAUCGUCAGAUGUAAAAUGCUUUUGGUACUAUUUUCAAUUUUAGAUGAUAAACUUGAUAAAAUUAGUUGAAAAGAGACUUGGAAAUUAUUGCUAGAGUACGUUUAGAGGGCUUUACUAUAUUAUAUUUAUAUUAUUGAAUAAAUAUGAUGGGAUCCUCAAUCCAGCUACAUAAUGGCAUCUUCUAUUUGAAAAUCUAUUGUUUUUUUUAUUUUGCCCAUGAAGGGGCAUAUAAUCGUACUGCAGCACGUUUCGUCUGUGAUGAAUAGCGCAUUUGUAUUAUCAAAUCCAGUUUCCAUUUAUUUUUGUGUGUCGUUAUUAAAGGAGAACACUUUGUUGUUUUUUUUUAAACCGUGCAAGGAAACAAUCUUAUCUGCAGGUUAUUUAUUUAAAGCAUUCAUCGAGAUUUUAUCGCCUGUCUGAUUGUGAUGAUUAUAAUUCCAUGUGUUCAUAAUGAUAUAAAAGCUGUGCUCCUGGUCUUAAUAUGUGUGAGAUUUUGAAAAAUUUAAAUAUUUUUAUGUGUAACCCAUUUCAAUAUUUCUGCGGAAGAAAACGCUUACCAACAUUGUUUUUUUUUUGUUCUUUUUUGUCGUAUCAUGAAAUACAGCAUUUUUUCAUUGUAUUGUACUCUGUAACUUGCCAUACACAGGGGCAAUACACAUGUGAUAUUUAUAAAUAUAUAUAUAUAUAUAUCUUAUAAUAUGUAUGAUUAUAUAAUAUAACAUUGUGACCCUCCUGCUUGAAUGAGUGAAAUCUGCAAUCCUGUUGUUAAAACUUUAAAUUUUAUGUCUACAAGAAAUCAGUAUAAGCGGAAGACUGUAUUUUGAUAUAUAUUUAUUUAUAUAUGAAAGAAAAGGGGAACACUGGUGUUCAGGCGAGAAGUAGUAUUCUAAUAGGUGGUAGGGUUAGAGAUUUUGUUGUGUCUCGAGUAAAAAUGGCAAUAGGGUGAUUUUUGUAAGCUGCACUUUAUCUUACUUGGGGUACCUUCUGUUUUCUUGUGUGCAUACAAUUUCAAGCAAGUUUUGUUGUUGUUAAAGAUAGUAUUAAAGUGCAAUGAAUUCCAAAUGUAGAGCUGUGUUCAUUGACAUGCAUUUUGUGCCAUUUUCACCAUACUAGCAUAACGGGGGAGUCUUUUAGAAGUAUUAAUGUUGUCCAGCUACAAUGACUUGAGAGACACAUGAUCCUGUUGUGUGAAUAUCUUAAUGUGCCUUGAAACUUUCUAUGACAAAAAAAAGAAAAAAAGAAAAAAACAAUACUGAAGUUAGAUUAACCCAAAAAAUAAAAGUGCAUAUGUGUUGAUUUUCAUACUGCUGUUAACAAAAAGCAUUGUCCUUAAGUUUAGACAGGGACUAUAUUAAUAAAGAAUUUUGUCCGAAAGCAGGUAUAAGUUGAAACUGCUUGUAGCUUGGGUAAAGUCAAUAAAAAUUCAGGAGUUAGUAUUUCACUGCUUUAGUUUACUUAUUUAUUAUUGAAUGAUUUAUUUUAUAUUCAAUGAAUUGAUUUUUUAGAAAAUGUAUGUUUCAUAUAGAAAUGUUGAAAGACUGCAGAUUUUGCUCAUUUUUGAGCGGAGGUAUUGAAAUUGAAAACAAUUUUACUCUAUGUCAAAUCUUGUCAUAAUAUAGUGGUUAGUUGAUUAAACUGUUCAUAUUAGAUUGACGGAGGGGAUAGCAAGAGGUUGCGGAAUUCUGCAGCGUCUUAUUUUUUGGUUCAUGUACAGUUCUCAUUCUAGUGAUUAAUAUAUUUUGUGUUGUCAAAUAUUAUUAUUGAUUAUUAUUAUUAUUAUGUGAAACAUUCUCAUUUAUAUGUAUGAAGAUUAAUUAACUUGUGAUGCAUUAUUAAAUGUUUUUAGUCAGGACUUGCAAUGCAAUACAAAAUACCGGGAGUCCCCCCAAAAAAAUAUCCAUAUUCUAGGAAUCUUUAUCACAGUUUUAUAUAUUUUAUAUGAACUACGCUUUUUUGUGUGUGUAAAUUUAUAAGUCUGCAGGCUGAUGAUUGUUUAAGAGAGGGGUGAUGGUUUUAACUUGUUUCAUUGUUUUAACAAGUUCUGGGUUGUUGAGAUUUAUUUUGUAUCUAGUUUGAUUAAAGGCCUGUCUUUUACUUUUUGUAAGCAACAAAAAGGAUCAAAGGUUUUUUAAGGGUAUGUUUGUAUAAUAUUAUUAUAUGCCUAGAAUAGGAUAAUAAAAAAAUCUGUAAAAAAAAUUCUCCGUACGGUUUUUAGGUAUUGCAUUGUGAGAAUCCUGUAUGCUAGUGUAUCCUUGUAAACUGUGAUGAUGAAAUCUUAGUCUGGAAUGUGUUACACUCAGCUGUUUUAAUCAAAGGAACGAUUUAUAACCUCAGAUAUUUGAGCCGCAUCACGACAAAACCAACAUAGUGCGUUUGCGACCAGCAUGGAUCCAGACCAGCCUUCGCAUCAGCGCAGUCUGAUCAGGAUCCAUGCUGUUGGCUAUCAGUUUCUCUACUUGUAAUAGAGUUGUCAAGCGAACAGCAUGGAUCCUGAUCAGACUGCGCGGAUGCGCAGGCUGGUCUUGAUCCAUGCUGGUCGCAAACGCACUAUGUUGGUUUUGUCAUGACACGGCUCAAUUUUGUGUCGGAGUGUUUUUUUUGGAAGAAAUUCAUUUAUUACUCCCCCCAAAGAAAGGUUGAUGUUUCAUUUAGUGCUUCACACCUUGCACCAUGAUUGCUUUAAAGUGUAAAUAAAGUCAUUUAAAACAAAAUUUUACUCAAACAACUUGGUAAUAUUAAAAAUAAAAAACAGUAAUAUCCAAAAACAAUGUUACAAGGUAAUAGAAAAUUAAUCCAUAAAGUAUGUUGCAUGAUAGUAUGAUGUAAAUUUCAUUAAAAUAUAUGUCGGAAAGUUUGAUUAAUCUGCGGAGAAUAUUUGGUUAACUUUAGAGUUAUAAACCCUUGAUUGGAUUGGAUUGGAUUUAAAUGAGAUCAUACCGAAAUUUCAGAAAAUUUAUGCUCAAAGUAAUAGUAAUACACAAAAAGUUUGAGUAAAAGGUGUAAAUUGCUAAAAGAAACUUCAACUGGAGUAAACAUAAUAGAAAUGAUAGCUGUAUAAAUUUAAUGUUGUUUACAACAGAUAACAGAAUUGUUCUGUUGGCCAAACAUAUUUUUUCUUCAGUUUUUAACAUUCCUUCAAUAUAUCUUCAUAGAUUGUUGUUUUGUUAUCAUAAAAGUAGUGUGUGUGUACACAGUUUGUGUAUCCAUAGUCCUGUUUAGUUUUGAAUUUUUUUUUUUUUAUUAUUUUUCUCUGACAGCAUAUCAAUCUUGAUACAUUAAACACUGUGUAUGAAUGAUGAAGAGUUGUGGAAUUUAUAUUACAAAGGGUCUGUGUACAAUCUUCAAAGAUGUAUUGAAGUAAAUGAUUUCAUUCAUGGAUUGAGGUAGAAAUUUUGGAAAGAAUUUUGGCAGCAAUUUGAACCGUUGUGGUAAAAAUUAAGUGAUAACAAAAGUAGGACAUGACAUGUAUAUUGUGCUCGUAGAAUCGCUUUGGACUUGUAUUAUGAAUAAAUCUUUACCUCAUCAA